AUGAACGGUGUUCUGCAGCGCAAAUGCCGCAUGCCCAAGCCGGGACACGCGAGCGCCGAGCGGCGCAGUUUCGUGUGGUGCCUGCUCCACUGCCGGGAGGCGGCCGUGCGCGCUCUGUGCGAGUGCUCGCCGCACACGAUGCGCGUGCUGCACUCGAUACGCGAACCGCCCACCGUCUGCUCGCUGGACCACCUCUACUGCCUCAUCAAACACCGCGGUCAGCUCCCCUUCAACUCCUCACUGAUA